CCCGCCUUCGCGCCAGUUCUGAUCAGUGGUUGUUUUAAUUUCUCCGUUACGUCAGGCGAAAGGUUCGUCAGUGCUCAAGCCUGGAACUUUAUCGUCGAACUUUGUAAUCAUCUCCAGACUCUGUAGGAAAGAACACGCUUGCAGUAGCCAAUUCUAAUUUCGCACGGUUUUGAGGGGUGAUGUAAAGUGGCAGUAAGAGGGGGAGGUAAGCUGGAGUGAGAAUCUCUCUCGUUCGGCCGGGAGCGUUUAGUGAGCAUCUGAGUGCGAAAGGGUUUGGAUGUGUGCGACUCUAUCGCACGAUCUUCAUCUGUCAACUAGGUCUUCGUUCGGGCGAACUAUUAGUUAACUUUAUCCUAAAACUGAAGUGAAUGUUUGAUGUGACAAUUGUGUUUAGUUAUUGUUACACGUAUUGCUAUGAACGAACAUUUAUAAUUGAUACAGUAACGGUUUUCUGAAGAGUUCGUGAAUUUCGUGACUACUUCAUACAAAUUAAAAGAAAAUAUGAUUCUCUUGCCUGCUGUAACGAAUCUAACAUAUUUAGCUACAGAUUUAAGGCUCAGUAUUACGAUGUUGGUGUGACAAUGCUGAAUAAUGUCAAAUGUUUCUUGUGAAAUCUAACUUUUUGGAAAAAGGCGGUAAAAUUUUGAUGCUUCAGUUUAAAUUCAGUUUCGUUUGAAGCAGAUUUCGUUUAGAAGGACAUAUAUUUUCUCAUAUUUACGUUGAACAAGUCACAGUGAAAGCGAACACCUUCAAGUUUCUGGAAGUUGUAAAUAAGUUUGGAUGAAUAACAAACAUUAAUGUGGUUUUGAAGUGCAAGUGAUAAGUGAUUAUUUGUAAGAAGAUUGGAGGACACUGCUGAUGCGAAGAAUCUGACACGAAAACACUGGAUUGAGAUUUAUCAGGGCGGCAGAAUUAAGGAUUUGUGGAAAGAUUCAGCGCGUGACCUAAGACCUAGGCCUACGUAGGAAGAAAUUACCUGAGCAGGAAGUUGUCGUGGUUUCUGAGAGACCCCUUCUGGUUGAGGCCCCUCUUGGGGCGACGUAUCCGGUGGUAAACCCUGGAUCCUAAGAAGAUACUCCUUGUAACAAGAACGUUCUUCAGUAAAGGUUUGGAUGUCCCGGUAGGCAAUGUUGAUGGUGACUUCUUGAGCUCCGCGGGCCCUUGAGGAUAUAGGGUCAUGCACAACACGGACAAUGGAACAGACCAGGGUGCGGGGGACCAUCAGACUCCGAGUGGCCGUACCGCGGUGUCGGUGCAAGGAGCGGGAACCACUGCCGCGUCGUCAGCUGUUGCCUCUGCAGCCAACACCGCAUCGAGUGUCGGAGGUCCGCGAGAAUGCGCUGGUUGCGGGAAGCGUAUCACAGAACGCUAUCUGCUCAAGGCAUUGGAUAUGUACUGGCAUGAGGACUGCCUUAAGUGUGGUUGUUGCGAUUGUCGUCUUGGGGAAGUCGGCUCAACGCUGUAUACCAAGGCAAACCUUAUUCUCUGCAAGCGGGACUACCUCAGGUUGUUCGGAGCAACGGGUUAUUGCGCAGCUUGCAGCAAAGUGAUUCCAGCAUUUGAAAUGGUUAUGAGAGCUAAAAGUAAUGUCUACCAUCUUGAGUGUUUUGCAUGCCAGCAGUGUAACCACAGGUUCUGUGUGGGUGACCGGUUCUACCUUUGUGACAACAAGAUCCUCUGUGAGUACGAUUAUGAGGAGCGACUAGUCUUUGCUAGCAUGGCAUACAAUGCCAGCAGCCUCGCUCACAUACGAAGGCAAGUCAGUAAUUUGCAGCCAGCAGGAGACAAUUUAAACAUCGCCUAUGAGAAUCCACGCCUCCUUCAUCAACAGUAUCACCACCAUCACCACCACCACCAUCACCAUCACCAACAGCUGACACCAACCUCAUUCUUUCCCAAUGACAAGACGCCAAUGCUUGUUACGCCAGCGAGUGGUGGUGGAGGCGCUGGUCAACAGCUAAGAGACGAUGGAUCCAGUGGUUAUGGCAGUCCUGAUUCAGAAACUUUUGAUGCGCAGUGUAACUAAACAUAUUUGAUCCCGUUACAUGCCCGAAUACCAUCAAAAUAUUAAGAUGAAGGAGUCGUGUUAAAGUAUCUGUGCUCGGCAAACAUCCUGCAGUUAGUGGCUGCUUGCAUCUUCUGAGAAAAUAAUAAAUUGUACCAAGGAAAUAUCUGAGCAAUGUGACUUCAUUUAGUACCUCAGUACAGGAGUACUUAAACUUCAAAAUACUGAUAUACAUAUGGAUUACAUAAAGAAGGAGAUGUUUAUGUAUCAGUUCAUAUAACUGAUUUUGUAAUAGUUUCAAAAAUGUAUGCACGAAGGUAUAACAUAAUAUUUAAACAUUCUUACAAUACUCAGCGCUCUGCAUUAAAGAACACGGUAUCAGAGAUAUGUAAUUUCCAGGAUACUAUGGUGAGUGUUAAUCGUUAAUGAUUAACAUAACCUCAAUCCAAAUAACAGUUUGUAUGGGUUUCUGACAUUUUGCCAUGUUAAUAGUCAUAGUUCAUUAUGGUAUUUUGCAAGCUUUAGUGUACAGUAACAGGAUUCUUGACAGCUGAGGAAACAUUACACAUGAGACAUUAUUCCUGCUUUCAUAUCAGUGAACAUAUGACCUAUACAUUUCUUUAAUGAUGCUAUCAUUUACAUGGAAGUGAAUGUUUAAGGUCUUGCUAUUUCAAUAAAAAUUUAAAUAUCCGCUGGAAUAAAGGAAUGCAUUUUCAGCCAAAUAGAUUAUGGUAGAGUGUACAAGAUUGGUAACUUACAUUAAAUGACUACCAUUCAUAUAAGCAGCCACUUUCUGUGCAGAGGGUGAUUUAUAUAAAACUAAUGUUGCAAACAUUAGAAAAGGGAAAAAAAACAUUACAGUGAAUUCUGUUUCAAGACUGUUCUGAAAUGCUGUCUUUGAAUUCUUAUGCCUUUAUGUCAAAAUAUAUUUAAAAGAAACAUAUUUACUGAAAUUAUAAACAAAAUUAGUUUUAAAAUACCAAUUAAAUAGGAAAAAUGAAAGAAUAAGACAGACAACAAGUAUUUUUUACACAUAGAAUGUGAUCCUAUACUAGUCGGUUCGCCAAAUAUGAAAUAAAACAAAUAUUUCCAAUUUUAUCAUCUAAAGAUUUUCUGAUGUAUACGAAAUGAACGCGAUUUAGAUCUAUAUAAUGAUCAUGAUGAUAGGAUGAUAAUAAAGAAGAUGAGGAAAAUGAACACUCCAUCAUCUUUUGUAUACCAUUUAGUGGCCUGUGAUGACUAAACUAGCUGGUACUCAGGUGAACUGAUUCCACACACUAUCUGCUUCUGAGAAGAAGGGAAUUGAUGCUGAUUGUGAUGUGCUACAGCAGAUUUCUCUUGACAGAGCCAGGAAAUAAGAAGUUUAGCAUUGUCCUAAUAUACAUUUCAUUCAAUUAAUACUUGUUUCUGUUAAUUGUUGCUCUUCAUUGAAAUUGGUUUAAUAAUGAAUACUAAACAAAACCAAAAAAUUGGUAAAACUGUAAACACAAAAUUAUGAACUGCUUUCUCAAGUCUUGCAGAACUGGUCUGUAAAAGAAUUAGGCUCAUCAAUGUACACCUAUAAUUAUUUAUCAUAACAAAGAUUUUCAGCUGUUUGUAGUGUACAGAUAAUCUUCCUGUAACAUUUCUCUUUUUGAGAUUUUAAAUUUUUACAGAAAUGAAAAUGUGGAUUGUGAUCUUGUGGGUUGUGGUACUGUGUAGUCUUGUACAUAGUUAACAUUUUUGAAGAAACAUCUCCCCUUAAUUUUCAAGGUGGAAGUGGUAGAAAUGUUAGUAACCGCAGAUCACAAUAAAAAAAUAUCUUAAAUUUCAUCGUGCUUAAUUUAUAUAUAAGUAUAAUGUAUAUAAUCCAAGUUUCAGUGCAGUAGAGUCCUUGGACCUUAAAUACAGUUACUUAAUUUUUUAAUUGUAUAUACUAUUUAAAUUUAUUAAAUGUGAAAACUAUUUUUAUUCAUUUAGCUACAAGCUCCAUGAAAAAAGUAUAUUUUUACAUUAAUACUACACGUCUUAACAUGUCAACUUUAGGAAUGAGUUACCAUAAUCAAGCAAAGAUUGCUUACAAAAUCAUUUGGAUUUCUUUUAUUGGAUCUUUCUGUAAAUUUUUCUUUAAUUCAAACAAGUCAUAACUGUAAAAGUCUAUUGAAAUUAUUCACAGACUACAGGAAGAAAUAAUUAUUUAAAGGUAACAUAAAUCCUUGGAAAGUAUGGUGACGUUCAUAUUUGGCAAUGGUGGUGAAAAUAAAAACCUUCAGGUUUCAUAGAAUAUAUGGAAUUUCUUGACCGGCUGAGCAACUAGCUUGUGAGGAACAACUCUAUUCCAUGGAGUGAGUUUUUUAAUUGAAAAUAUUCACCAAGGCACAAGAAAUAUCAGUACUUAUUCCAUUUAACAGACAUUAUGUAACAACCCUGGUGCAUCUUCUAGAGUUUGCAUUUUGUAAAUGGCUGGCAUUCCUUGACCUUUGUGAAUGGCCCAAAUAUUCUUCAAACAUUUCCAUGUAAAUGUAAAGUACUCAUUAUUGUCAUCCAGUUUCAAUCAAAAUUGGAGUGCAAAAUGUUGUUAUUCCAUAUUAAAUUUUCAUAUUAAUCUGUUGAGCCACUCGAUUUGCUACACGCAUAACUUGCAUACAAAUGGGCAGAUAAAGAAAUUUUAAUACCCACCCUGCAGGGCUGUAAACAUGCCUGAAUAGUGACCAUUAUAUUUUGUUCUGGGUUAGUUAAACCCAACCUCUUCAGUUCCAUUGCAAUAUUACCCAUCUGUCUUUUUCCUAAUUGGUCACUUUUCAGGAGAAUCCCUUACCAAAAUUCUUACUGUAUUUAUGUGAGAUAAACAUUUAAAGUCUUCUCAGACAGUGAAUUAUUUAUGCACAGUAUGAAAGAAAGCUUAAGACAGUCCUGAAUCUCUUACAAGGACUUUGGUUAUGAAUAUGAUCAUACUACGAAAAUUAGUGACACUAAAUCUUAUUUCCUGGCCUUUAUACUUAAAAGGAGCAAGUUGUAAUAUCAACUCCUGUUAUAAACAUGAAGUGGUGAGUUUCAGAUAGUAAAAGCACAAUUACUGUGUAUUAAUGUCACUAACUGUACUUCUACAUAUUUGUUUUAUAACGUGCUGAAUAUGUAAACAUUUUAAACUUUGCAUCAUUCAAGCCAUUGGGACUAUUGAAUCACAUCCAUAUUGACAAAUUUAUUAUAUGCUAUAUUUGCUUCUAAUCUAUCUUCUACUCACCUGUUCAUAUUUCUGUUCAAGUUACAUUGCACAUAUUUCUAUGUUAUUGUGAACAUUACGAUGUGAGAUGGAACUUCAGAGAUUACUUGCCCUGUAACUAAACAAUCUGAUGAAUCAAUGGACUUCCUAUUUCUCAUUUUGUUGUUUUUAUGUAUAGUCACAUAGAUAAUAAUAAUAAUAGUAGGUGAUAGUAAUGAUUUGGAACACAAUUCUGAACUCUGUUCUUUUAAAAAGAAUAUGCAACUCCUAUAUCAUAACAUUUUUGAUAAAUCAUAAAUUGUGAGGAUAAUGUGGCUGAAUGUGAUCAUAAACGGUACUCUGGAAUGGGUGGUACAUAAGUAUUAAGAUAUUUGAAGUAACCUCCAAUGAAAUGGUGUGGAUUUAAGCUACUUCCAUAUAAAUCAGAAGUAACAGUAUCAUUUUGAGCAUCACGAGUGUUAGUAGGUAAACCAGUUGGCAAAAACAGUGAUGAAAGAUGGCUGAGCUUUUCUUAUGUAACAGAUUAAAUUUUUAAGUACAGACAGUGUAUAUAUUAAAACAAAAACUUCUGAUUUAAAACUAAAUCUGUAUGAAAAAUAAGAUAUGUUAACAACUUAUUAUUUUGUGUAUGCAAGAAAUUAUAUAUUAAAUACUCAGCUACCAGUGUUUAUGCCAUGUAUUUUCUGAAGGAUUAAUCAGGUAAAUGAAUUUUUUUUUUAUCUGUUACAUAUUUGAUUACAUUUAUUUGUUAAAUGCUGGAUUAUGUUUUAUUGUUAAUGCCAUUGGUUAUAAUAGAAAUACAUUUAUUUCAUAGCUUGACAAUGUAAGUGGUGUUUAAAAAUACAACAUGUUGGAUUAUAAUAUGAAUUACAACAGUUUAAGACAAGGUACUUUUCUCAUGUCACACACAACAACUCAUUAACCUAUUUUAUGUUCUAAGAAAGAAAUUUCUAAAUCCUGCAAAGAGUAGCUGACAAUUUUCAUAUAAAGAUUUUGCUGAAAGUAGAUCUGUCACUUUGUCAUCAUCUAGUAUUUUGAUUUGUAUUUUCAGAUAAAGAAGUUCCUCAUCGAUCACUCGUAGGGUUAAGAAUCUGAAAUUAAAUCAGUAAGUGUGACAUCAAUUUAAAUGAUAAAUUAAGUAUAUGCUUUGAUGGUCUUGUUCUAAAUCCAUUUCUCUACAACAUAAACAUAUUAAAGUAGUUUGUUUUUUUACUGAUGUGAGUUCUGUGUUUCAUGAACAAAUUCUGACUGACAUAAUCCCAUGUACAUUGGAAGUUACUGCCAAGUCACUAAUAAUCUGUUGGUCAGAUCUAGAAUUAUUAUGAAAGAAAACAAUCUGUUACUGAUUCUGUUAUAUCAACAUCCAUAAAUUUGUGCAGUGUAAGACACCCACUUCAGUAUUUUCCUGUAGUAUGGCAUCUUGAAAAUAAAAAGAGUUGAUACCAAAGUAUAAAUAUCAAGGAAGAUUGUUAAUAUAACUGAACUGUAAAUAAAUGUUGUAUUAAAUGAAUACAGGGCAGAAAGUUGAAGUCAAACACUUUCUGGCCUCUGAUCAUUAGAUUAAAAUUUCAUGAAAUGUAAAUAUGAUAUUCUAUGAAAUAACUGUUUGGCUAUGACUCCCAUUUAGUGUAAUACAGACAUAUCUUGAGUCAAACUGUAGAAUGCAUUAUUCAUUUGCUAUUGUUCCAUGUACAAUAAUUCUGUUGGUAUUUGUUUUCUGUUUAAUGAUGCAAUCAGUUAUUAUGUAUAAAAUAUCGUAGGGAUAAAUGUGAUUCAUUUUUCAACUAAACAAAGUUAUCUCUAUAGAAUUCUUUUGGAAACAAAUGUACAUAUGACUUGUGUUAAUGAAAGCAAAAAUAAAUGUUGUCUUUUUGUUA